AUGCCCACGAGAACAGAUGGUAGUGGAGUUCUCAAGUCUACUCUAGAAGAUCCCUGGGUAAGAUUUCAAAUUGAACUUGAGUUUGUCCAGUCCCUUGGAAAUCCGGACUACCUGACCUUUCUUGCACAACAGGGAUGUUUUGACAAGCCAGAAUUUGUAAAUUACUUGGCUUACUUACAAUACUGGAAGUCUCCAUCAUAUUCACGAUUUAUCACAUAUCCUUACUGUCUCCAUAUGCUUGACUUGCUUCAGUCGCCAGACUUCAGGCGUGAAGUUGCCCGUGACCCAGUGACUCGGUUUAUUGAUGAUCAGAUGCUGCUUCACUGGAAGAAUUACCUCCGAAAACGUGCCGAAAUGAUAAACAAACAUGUUCAUAGCCUGGAUCCUAUGCCUACGCCCGGGCCUGGUCCUUCUUGUUGA